GGGGAUCGCAGAGAGAGAGAGAGGGAGGGAUGACGAGAUUCUCGUUAGGCGGUGAUGAAGAUGGAGGAGGACCGAGCAGCCCCAGGCUUAAGAGACGUCGUCUUAUUCUUCGCACGGCUGCUACCAUCGCCACAGGGGACCGACGCCGAGGAGGAGGGCUACAGGCUGUUGAGGACGAAUCAGCGUCAUCGGAAUCUGAAGAUGAAGAGGAUGAAAGUGAAUCCGAAGAAGAAGAAGAAUCAGAAGGUGAUCAAGAGCACCAGCGUCAGCUUCGGACCAACUUCGAGUUGGGUUCUGCCUCCGCAGCUCAACAGAUUGCUCUUGCUUCCACCACCACCGCCACGGACAGGUCCAUUUCCAUUACCUUGGCCGACCCGGAUGUGCUCGAUUGCCCCAUUUGCUGUGAGUCCUUGACCGUCCCCGUCUUCCAGUGUGAAAAUGGUCAUAUAGCUUGCUCCUCCUGCAGCACGAAGGUUAAAAAUAAAUGUCCCUCCUGUUCCUGGCCCAUUGGUUAUAAUCGUUGUCGUGCCAUUGAGAAAGUUCUGGAAUCAAUUAGAAUUUCUUGCCAAAACAUCAAGUAUGGUUGCAAAGAAUGGAUGACAUGCGAUAAUAAAAAUGAACAUGAAAAGGGUUGUAUGCAUUCACCUUGUUCAUGCCCCCAUUCAGGCUGCAACUUUGUCUCUUCAACGAAGCAAUUAUACCAACAUUUCAGCAGUAAUCAUUUGAACUCUGCAACUCGCUUCCUGUACAACUGCAGCUUUUCAAUUACAAUAAACUUUAAUGACAAGUUUGUUGUUCUUCAAGAAGAAAAUGAUGGCAUGUUGUUUAUUCUUGACAAUGAAUCUGAAAUCAUAGGAAAUAUGGUGAGACUUAGUAGUAUUCAACCUAGAUUUAUGGGAGGAUUUUUCUAUGAUCUUACUGCUAAAAGAAAAGGAUGUCUACUCAGAUUACAAUCCUUCACAACCAGCACUCAAAGCCAUGUUCGCAGCCCUACUUCAUCUGGCUCCCUUAUAAUCCCAGGCGAUUUUUUCAGUUCAUGUGGCCAGCUCAAGUUGGAUAUCUGCAUAUGGCGUAAUGGGGCGGGAGGGGGUAGCUGAACUUAGGACCUCUGCAGAUUGGCUACUAUGCCCUUGUUUGUAUUUGUAUUAUGUGCGAAAGCCUGACAAAGUUAAUUACUGAUGCUUGGUCAGCUUGGAUGUUACCAGAAAAAGGUUACAGCGUUUUAGAUUCUACGGUGCUCUAUGUAACUACUUGAACAAGAAUUUUCUCUAGGAUCUUUUUUAAAUCAAACUUAGGAGUUAGGACUCAUGCGGACCACAUAGUUGCAGUACUUGAAACUCGGUGAAAGAGCGACUGAUGUGCUGGCAUUUUGUUCAAAAUUUCAUGUCCCAUUUGCAGUAUAAAACUAUAAUUGUAUUCCAAUUCUGUCAAUUCUGUUGUGAGGGUAACCACUGAGAUCAGUUUGUAACCAGCAUUGUGGAGCUUUGUUCGAGAAUUAUUAAGUUUGGAGGUACUCAAGAGGUGUGGGGGAACUCUACGCUGAAUGAAAUCAACGAAGAUAUUUGAGACAUUCAUACUUCAGAGAUAGAAUUAGGCACAUCGGAAAAACGAAGAAGCAAAAAUCAACAUGAAAGUA